AAACUGUCAACUGCAUAAUUUGAUGCCGAUCGUGUUGCUGCUACUUGUCUCCACAUCUUUGCUUGCAAUCUGCCCCAUUUUCUGGUUCACGUGAAAAGAAGAUCAGAGAAAGAAGAAAUACAAAUCAUUCCAAUUAAUUCAGUUUGGAAUACAAAACAUUGGUUUUCCCAGGAUGUUUUGUGUUGGCCAUGAGUUUGUGGUAGUGUGGCUGGCUGCAUUAUUGACGUCUGGGCUCUGCCAGGACAACUGUCCAGCACCAAACGGCAUACCAGGAGAAGCAGGCAGAUCUGGAAGGGAUGGCGUACCUGGAGAAAAAGGACAAAAAGGAGAAGCAGCUCCACUUGUUGACUCAGCAAUGAAGACAGGGCUUAAAGGGGAUCAGGGGGACAGGGGCCUCCCAGGACCAGCAGGAACUAAGGGGUACAGAGGUGAUCUGGGGCCUAUGGGUCCCCCAGGUCCCCAGGGCCCCAGGGGUCACAGCGGUGAUGGAAACAGCCCAGUGAUGCAGCGGUCAGCCUUCUCAGUUGAGCGCACGUCAAAGGAGAAGCCAGCGAACAGACUGCCCGUGACCUUUGACAGAGUCCUCACCGACAUCAAAAAUGACUUCAACAUCAGGACCGGUCAUUUCACCUGCAAGGUGGCCGGAGCCUACUACUUCGUGUUCCAGUCCAUGUCGAUGGGAAACCUCUGCCUGGCACUGAAGAGCGACGUGCUGGACGAAGCGGGCUUGGGCUUCUGCGACUACAACAAGAGGGGCACCACGCAGUUGAUCUCGGGCGGGGCCGUGCUCCAGCUCACCCAGGGGCAGAAAGUCUGGGUGGAGCCCUUCAAGGAGGAGGGCAACCUUGCCAACUACAUGAGCAAUUCCCAGAGCAGGUCCGUUGUCUUCAACGGGUUCCUCAUUUUCCCCAAUGCAGAUUAGAAGACUGGGACACUGACCUUUUUCACUCACUCAACUCAAAAACAAACAAAACAUGCUUCAUCUUCCUCCUCUUUUGGAGUCAUACUGGCAGUGCUGUCUUAAUCUACAAUUUCUUGAUACAUUAGCAUUGUCCUUCUGUACAAGUAGAUAGCAGUUAUACAAAU